AUGUUGUUCGGUUCAAAUAACGGCCCCAACAAUACUAGCAGAGAUGAGAUUGUCCUGAUACCUAUUUCCCCAAAACCCGCCUUCUCGCAUAAUGAGUCGUCUGUGUCGGAAAUCCAGCCGCCAGACGGAGAAGAGCUCGGGCGUCAUACUUCCCAUGUACACGCUGAAGCGGCGAGAAACGUGUUAUGGCUUCCGCGCGCAUCGACAAGCUCAGACGAGACGGGCGCACGCGUCCGGCGUGGCCUCGCCGCUGAGAAAGACAUGACCCUCUUUGAGUGCUGCAGAAAAUACCCCAAGGCCAUCUCAUGGUCACUGCUUCUGUUCCUUACUGUUGUGAUGGAGGCCUACGAUAAAUCACUUAUCUCUGGGUUCAUCGCCUUUCCGACCUUUAGACGCAGGUAUGGAGAGCCAAUACUGCCACUUGCCGAUUCUCCAGAAAACCAAGCCUACGAAAUCUCGCCGCUGUGGCAGAUGGGUUUGCAAAACGCAGCUGUCGGUUGCGAGAUCAUAGGUCUUUUAGCCCAUGGGUACAUCACCUACAUCAUUGGGUACCGGAAGGUCAUGAUCGCCAGUCUCACUUGGAUGUGUCUUGCGGUAUUCCCCGCCUUCUUCGCUCACAACAUCGCCAUGUUGUUGGCUUCCCAAGCUCUCUGUGGUCUAUCAUGGGGCAUUAUCCAAACCCUAGCAGCAACGUAUGCCGCUGAAGUAGUUCCCUCGGUCGUGCGAGCUUGUCUGCUCAGCAACGUCAAUAUGUGCUGGCUUAUUGGCCAGCUUCUUGGCACUGGAAUUCUCCGAUCUCUUGUUCACGACACAUCUCAAUGGUCAUACCGUCUACCGUUUGCGCUGCAAUGGGCGUGGGCGGCUCCAUUGUUGUUUGCCAUCCAAUUUGCCCCGGAAAGUCCUUGGUGGCUUGUUCGCCACGAGAGACUACCAGAAGCUCGACAAUCCCUCCAACGACUCACGAGCGACAAAUAUUUAAACAUCGACGACACGGUCGCUGUCAUGCAACAUGUCAAUUCGGUCGAGAAGAACCUCGGAUAUGGCGGUGCAAGCUUCGCAGAUCUGUUCAGAGGCUCAAACCGUCGCAGGACUGAGAUCUCCUGCAUGGUUUGGUCCUGUCAAGCUUUGUGUGGCGCCACAUUAACCGGAUACGCCCCUUAUUUUUUGGAGCAGGCCGGCUUCGCCUCAUCCAAAUCGUUUAGUCUUGCCACCGGAAUGUAUGGUCUCGGCAUCUUCGGGGGGAUGAUAUCCUGGCUUCUACUGUCGGCUGUUGGCCGGCGCAGGCUGUACCUUGCCGGGCUGGCAGCAGCAGUCAUUAUGCUCACUACCGGCGGCUUCAUCGCCGUUUACCUGGAAGGUCACCCUGCCAUGAACUGGGUCCUUGGGUCUCUCAUCAUCUUGAUGACUUUUACAUACAACAUGACUAUCGGUCCAACUUGCUACGUUAUCGUCGCCGAGAUCCCUUCAACGCGUCUCAGAGUCAAGACAGUCGCCCUCGCAAGGGUAGUGUACAACAUUUUUACUAUUGUCAACAACGUUGUCGUGCCGCAGCUUUUGAAUCCCACCGCUUGGAAUCUAGCGGGUAGGUCCUGUUUUAUCUAUGCUGCAACCGCUUUCCUAUGUCUAACCUGGUGCUACUUUCGCCUGCCCGAAACAAAGAAGCUGUCGUAUCUUGAGUUGGAUAUUCUUUUUGACAAAGGAGCUGAGACGGCCAAGUUCAAAGAAUUGCAGGAGAGGCUCGCUAACACAGCGUACAUUUCGAUGUCGAGGGCAGAACGUUUGAGGAAUGCUUGGCACGGCUGGCUUGCUUAUUCAUAA